GUUCUGUUUUUGUUCUAUGGAAAAAAGUGACAGUUCUCAUCAUGUAUUCUGUCAUUUUUUGCGUGGCUCUGACUUUUAUUAGAAUAGUUACUUAAAUGUCGUUCCAUUAAUUUAUAUGAAAAUGCGAACGAGUGUAAAAUAAUGUGCCUUUUAGGCGCGUGAAUAGAAGUAUUGUCGAUUCUACACGUGCAAUCUUAUAAAAGGUGUAAUGAAACAAACUGAAUGAAAAAUGAUUUUACAUUCGUUUGUGUGUGUGCAUGUUACGUACUUACAGCAGAUGAGAAAUCUCGAUAUUAUUAAAGUAAUGAGAAAUUUUAUCGAUCAUAGUAUGUAAAUUAAGUAAUGGCACCUGUAAAGGAUAAAUGGAUUAGACGUUUUAUAAUUACUGAAACAAGGCGGCAUAAAAAAGGCUUCACAAUUUAUAAAGUUACUUCUAUGGUAUUUCUGAAAUCCUCUCAUGAGGAACUGUCAAAGGUAUCUGUAUGGAAACGUUACAAUGAUUUCAAAAAACUUCACUUGGAGCUCAGUAAUUUGCACAAGCGUUUAGGAAUAAAGGAGGCCUUUCCGACUCUUCCCAAGUCGAAAUACUUCGGUAGGUUCGAGGCCGAGGUUGUAGAAGAGAGGAAGAAAUACGCUCUAAAGUUUUUGGAGUUUGUAGGACGAUAUUCGUACUUAUACUCGAGCGACACUUUUAUAACAUUCUUUGAAACUAGUCAUGCAGAUAAUUAUGCGAGUUAUUGCGCACAUUCCUUAUGCUCCGACACAUCGGAGGAUGAUCUCAUCGCACCUUUGAAUGAUUCUGCAUUCGCAAAUGACACUGCGGCACAAAAUAAUACUCUUCAAGUGAAAAUAUCUCACAAUGUCUCGACAAAUCCGCGUUGCGCAUUGCCAAAUAUUUAUACGAACGAGAACGAAUCUCGCAACACUACCAAUAAUUUACAGAUUGCAAAUGUUAAAAAGGAAGAACAAAGUUAUAAGACAGAAAAGUCGCAGAGCAGCAUUGCCAGAAAUUGCAAUGCAGAUAUUAGGAAUAAGAACUUUGGCGAAAACAAUAGAGCAGCGUUAAGCAAUGCAUCAGAAUUCGACAAUGUUAACAAUAAUAAGGAUCUAUUGAAUUGUAAUACGAGUUCGGUAAUAUCACAGGAGAGAGCAAAUACUUCAUAUCAGACGCAGGCGGAUUUUACGCAAUAUCUUUUAGUAGCCGCGGCUCAUAUGAGCGCUGCUUUCAAGCACGAAUCUAUAACAGAGUACGAGGAAGCUUUCACACAGUACAAACUUGGAAUAUCAUGUCUUAUUAAUGGCGUACAGUUUGAUCCGGAUACCGCAAGGGUAUCGAGUAUAAAGGACAAAAUAUCUAAAUAUUUAGCACGAGCUGAACAAUUAUAUAACAGACAUUUAAAUUGUAAUAUCUCAGUAGUAAGCAAACCCAUAUCAGAGCUUCAAUAUUAUAAAGUACUUAAAGUAAUGAAGUCGGUGAUGCUCGUGAUGGAUAUCCGUGCAAAUUGUAACAGAAUAAUAAAAACCAUAGAAAGAUCUUCUGUUCAUGAGGAUAAUAUAAGUAAUUACGUAUUACGUGGACAGAUACCAUGUAUGGUACACUUAUAUGGAUGUGUUGAAACUGAGACAACUGUAUUUCUGAUCCUGCAAUACGCAAGCUGUGGAAAACUAUGGGACUUUAUAAGACUACAUUACGAAGCAUCGGACCAUUUGUAUACUGAUAUAAUUUCAAAUCGCGUAUGUACAAAUGAAAUUAAUCAGAAUCUCGAUAGCAAUGAAAAUAAUGACGAACUGAAUAAAACAGAAGAGGUUGUAGAAAAUAAUAAAAGAAGAAAGGAUCAUCAAUACCCUGUCCAAAAUGCGAUCUACAUGGAGGUACCUACUAUACAAUUGCUGGAAAAUUCGCAAAAGUUGUUGCAGUCUGUUAACGCGACGUUGAGAAAAAGCAAUUCCAUCGCAAAUCGGUUAAAUGAAUCUAAAGAAUUGAAACAUUCGAAAGAUACGCUAUCAACAAACAUAAAAACUCGAGUAUAUCAAGAAGCAGACUGUACAUUAUCUGAUAUUUAUUGCAAUAAGUCACCAAAUAGUAUUAAGAAUAAUGACAUUGCUAUCAAGAACGGUUUCGCAGAAGACAAAGAUUCGAAGGGCACGAAUUCUUUAUCGAUAAACAAUAUUUGCGAGUCCGUAUCAAAUAAAGAUGAUUGCACAAUUCGUAAUUUAUUCGAAAAUAAAGUCAAUGAUUCAUUCUACAACUCUACUUCGAAGACUGUCAACGCGAUAUACAUCUGUAAGAAUAAUAAUAUUAAAGAUACGAUCGAUCGGAUAAAUUCGUCGAACGUUAACUGCAGUAUUGAUGAAAUGCAAUAUUCGCACUCGUAUAAAGAAAAUACCCUGGAUGAAGAGAAGAUACUCUGGCAAAUACCUGAAGCUGUAAUUCGAUCGUGGGCGGCUGAGAUACUUUCAGCGUUGGAGACACUUCAUCAACAGAAUGUCUUGAUUCUAGAUUUUAAGCCUGAUAAUAUUCUUCUCGAUGAUGCGGGUCAUGUGCGACUCACUUACAUCAUACCCCAGCGAAAUAUGGAACUGUCGAAGCUAACUUAUCCAUAUUCAUCUCCCGAAUCAAUCAUGUACUCUCCGACUAAUCUCGUUACGUCCGCUACGGAUGUGUGGAGCUUUGGAAUUAUUUUGUAUGAAUUACUUACUGGCAUUACGUUUAUCAUAAAACAUCCAGGAUUAUUUCACUCACAUUCCACAGUUAACAUUCCUAACAAUCUAUCAGAAAAUGCAAGAUCUUUAUUAUGUGGCAUACUGAAAUAUCAUCCGGAUGAACGAUUGACAGUAGAUGAAAUUAAGCAUCAUCCAUUUUUCGCAGAAACUGAUUGGUCCAAUAUAGUCAAUUCUCAAAUGUAAUGCUUAUAUCAUUACAGUUACUAAAUUUCGCAUAAUUGUUAAUAGAAUGUUGAAUAUGUAUUUAUUAUAUAGAGAAAUUGAUUUAUACAUAA